UAUCUGGUUCGCCGCUGACCAGGAAGGUUCGAGUCAGACCAGUACCACCGCCAUAUCCGUUCCGUUCCGUUCCUCCUACCACGCUCUCCACCUCCCUCCGCGCCGCCGCCGUGCACGCCUCCAUCCAGAUCCAGGCGCGUCUCCUCCUUCUCAGGAGAUAUGCCUCGCUACGAUGAUCGUUAUGGAAACACACGCUUGUAUGUUGGUAGACUGUCCUCCCGCACUCGUUCCCGUGACCUAGAAUACCUUUUCAGCAAAUACGGAAGAAUACGAGAAGUGGAGUUGAAGCGCGACUAUGCGUUUAUUGAAUUCAGUGAUCCUCGUGAUGCUGAUGACGCGCAAUACAACCUAGAUGGCAGGGAGGUUGACGGGAGCCGCAUUAUUGUUGAGUUUGCUAAAGGGGUUCCACGUGGUUCAGGUGGCUCACGUGAAUAUAUGGGAAGGGGGCCUCCGCCAGGAACAGGCCGUUGUUUUAACUGUGGAAUUGAUGGUCACUGGGCAAGAGACUGCAAGGCUGGUGACUGGAAGAACAAAUGUUACCGCUGUGGAGAAAGGGGUCAUAUCGAAAGAAACUGCCAGAACAGUCCAAGGAGUCUCAGGCGUGAGAGAAGUUAUUCAAGGUCCCCAACUCCACGCCGUGGACGGGGCCGUAGUCGGAGCUACAGCCGAAGCCGGAGCUACAGCCGAUCUAGAUCCAGAUCCCUGUCUGGGUCUCCCAGGGGUGGACGCCGUGCCCAUGAUGAGAAGAGAUCAAGGAGUCUUAGCUACAGCAGGAGCCCCAGGCGAUCCGUCUCGCCACCUGCAAAGGAAAAGGAGCGCAGCCCCACACCUGAUGGUAGUAGGAGCCCAAUGAGUCCCAGCCCCCAGGAUCGGGUGAGCCCACCACCAAAGGACAAUGGUGAGCGCAAUGGCUCAGACCGUGGUGACAGCCCUGUGGGGAGGGAGAACAGUCGGAGCCGGAGCCCAUCUGAUGGCUACCGUAGCCCUGCGGCCAAUGGGAGCAGCCCGAGUCCUAAGGGUGAUCAUAGCCCAAGUCCCAAGGACAAUGGCAACAACAAUGAUGAUGAUGACCGCCGUGCUUCACCAAGAGGAAGCGAAUCCCCCUGAAAACCUCCCAUGGCAGUUAGUGACGCUUCAUGAUGCAAUGUGCUGAUUUGGCUGUGAUGGUUGUAUCAUCAGUUUAGACAUAUCAAACUGUUUUAUGCACCCUUCUUUCUGUAACGGUGACUAUUUUCCUGUGCUUUCGAUUUAAACCUGUCAGGAUUUAUUGCCCUUGGGCUAUGCUUGAUGUGUUUAGGAUAUAACUGAACUAAGUAGCCUGCAAUCUGAAUAAGUGAGUAGUCGCAUGGUUUGUGGCUUGUCGACGCUCA